CUGUUGGGUGCAGGCAGACGUGACACCUCGGAUUACAGUGCAUACUGUCGAACGACUGAAAACGCGGACUGAUUACCUGUGUUCAUGUAUGAUUUACGACAAUUAACAUUUAAUAAUUUUUAGACCGCAAUAUUAAAUAAUAAGAAAAAAGUACACAAGCAAACACCGGUGCAGUGACAGUGAUAUUUACAAAAACAUUUAAACUAAAUUAAGUACAUUUCAAACUUUUAUAAUGACAGUGAUAUAAUGCUGAACUCUUUGAGUAUGUCAUUAAGUAAGAACCAUUGACGUCUUUAACGUAAUUCUCAUAAAAUAGGCCUUGAUAUGACGAUGCUUGCAAUGGCGCGAGGUUCUGAGGAGCGUCGUGACGAUGCCGAAACCGAAACAGAGGCCGAAGCAGAGGCCAACGGUGAAGUGGAUGUAGUGGGGGUCGAAGAGGCCGCUCCUGUAGAUUUAACGAGAAGAUUAGGAUUAACGAGACCCCCCGAACGGUCAGCAAUAGCCUUUUCUGUAGAGAAUAUAUUAGAUCCAAAUAAGUUCACUGGCAGAUCUGAAGUGCCUCUGCGUUACGAUGAGCAGUACUGGAGGCCGCAUUAUGAUAGGGAUGACAGUGAUUCCGUUAAAGACCAUCUUCAACAUUCGGAUCUUGAAGCCGAUGAUGUGGAAACCGAUGAUCAAACAUCCAACAUGGACGACGACAUCCUUACACAAUCAGACCUCGACGAGAACGGAGAUCCCAAAAGUCCAACAAGUUCUAGUUCUAAGAAAGGAAAAAGCAGUUCUUCAAGAGACUCCAAGGGAGGAACAAAGCCCAGAAGGGCAAGAACAGCGUUCACAUAUGAACAACUAGUUUCUUUGGAGAAUAAGUUUAAAACGACGAGAUAUCUGUCAGUAUGCGAGAGGCUCAAUUUGGCACUAAGUUUAAGUUUAACAGAGACCCAGGUCAAAAUCUGGUUUCAAAAUCGCCGAACAAAAUGGAAAAAGCAGAAUCCUGGGAUGGAUGUCAACAGUCCAACAGUACCGCCGCCCCCAGCCGGGGGCUUCCCAUCAGGCCCUUACCCUGGGGGCUUGCUAUAUUCCCACGGGGUUCCAUACCCCUUCACCGGACCUGGACCUUACGCGCCUUACUUUCACCAUUUGGCUGCAAACCAUCACCACACACAUGGCAGUCUCGGACACUCGCACACGUGAUUAUGGCAACGGCCUGGUGACACCCGGGUCGAUAAGGAGAAUGACAGUAACUGUGGUGUUUCCAAUUGACCUAUGAAACUUUGUGAUUAUAAGUGCGGUUAACAGUAGGUACAGUAAUGCCCUGAUCAUAAAUCUGAUAGCUGUGAAAUAUCAGCAGGGUUACUUUGUGCGAGCUGUUGAUAUUCGUGACGUGAUAGAGGUAAUAGCAAUAUAAUACAAAAAAUAUCGCCAAUUUUUGUUGUUUAUAGUGCUGACGUUUUGGUAUGUUAAAAAUUGUAACAAAGUCCGUAUUUGAUUCAUGGCAUUGCCAUGCACACACAACCUUGCCUAAUUUAUAUGUUAUUUUAUGAUUUAUUUUAUAUAUCUUUGUCAGAAACUCAAAUAAUAUUAAUUUUUAACACACUGCAUGUAAAAUUUAUGUCAGUUGACUGCAAUGGUUUAUACGAAAUUUUCUAUGGAUCAAAACUAAUAAUUCCCUAUUUACCUACCUGUUACUCGUUUAUAAUAGGUACAGGUAAUUAAUAAUAAUUCACACACAUUGAAUCAAUAUGAGUCAAAGUUGUAUCUGUAAAUGAAUCCAUUAUCUUGCAAUAAACUUUUUUUUAUAAAUACGCAAAUUAAUAUUGUAAAUUUUGUAAAUAAUAUUUAAGUGAACCCUGUAUAUUUGUGUGUAAAUAAUAUCUGCGUAGACUUAAGUAGUUUAGUAUAGAUCAAUAAUGUUUUUAUUUAAGUGCUGCUAUUGUGCCAAAAUGUUAUUAUCUAUUAAUAAUUUACAUAGAGUAGAAAUCGAAAAUGUAUUUGAUCAAUUUUAAAUGCACGCUCGUUAUAAUUGCAAUAUCUGACAAAAUAAACAAUAAAAAUGUACAAUUAUGUUAAACUAUCUAUACACGAUACUAAAAUUAGAGGCAAUAUUAUCAAAUAUAAUGAGAAAUCGGUCCCUGUUUCGCUACACACGUGCUUAUCUUGCAAGCUUUUAGGUUGCUAAUCCACUACUAUUACGAUAUUACCCUGAUUUUAGUAACGUGUGUAUCAUCGUAUCGUCAUCUUAUAUCCAACUAAACAUUAGCUAUCAUUGAAUUUUUUAAACACACUGGAAACGUUUUUAUAGUUUGUUACGAAACUUAUAACAAAUCAUUAGAAUUGAUUUAACAUAUUUUUUAAAACUGUAAAUAACGGUUAUAACUUAUAACCCCCCUGGCCUAUGUUCGAAAUUUGUUUGAAAGUAUAAAAUUCAUUCCAAAUAUUAGCAAUGGUAUAAUUAAAUUCAUCGUGUAUCUCAUUCUCUAUCCUAAAACCUGAAAAAUAGUGAUACAGGCUACGGCUUACCACAUUUGAAAUAUCCGAGUAAUAUUAAAAUUUAACUAUAUGCAUCAUAAACGAUAUAAUUGUAUAAUAAACAUUAAAUUAUUUCUAAACAUUUUUUAAUUUGGAAUGGAUUUUAUAGACUUAAAUGUUGUCAAUACUAAAUACAAUAUAAUUACAAAUGUUUCGGUUAUAAAUAUUAUUUAUGACUUGAUCAGAAAUCUGUCGUGUCAUGGUAAGUUGCCGCUCAAUGCUGUAAAUAAAUGUAGCACGGUGAA